ACGCUUUGCUCGCGGCACUGUCUAUAAAGUUGUUGUUGAGGCUUCCGCCGCGAGUGGAGGAAGAUGGCGUCGGGAGGUGGUGGCUGUAGCGCUUCAGGGAGACUCCCUCCGCCCUUCCCCGGCCUGGAUCCCGAGUCUGAGGGAGCUGCAGGGGGGUCAGAACCCGAGGCUGGGGACAGCGACACCGAGGGGGAGGAUAUUUUCACUGGCGCCGCGGCAGCCAAUAAGCCCCAGUCUCCAAAGAGAACUGCAUCUCUUCUUCCCAUCAACAGUAGUUCCAAAGAAAACGGAAUCCAUGAGGAGCAAGACCAAGAGCCACAGGAUCUUUUUGCAGAUGCCACAGUGGAACUAUCCCUAGAUAGUACACAAAAUAAUCAGAAGAAGGUACCAGCCAAAAUGCUUGUUCCUGUUCCUCCACAAGAAGCCACAAGUUCUUCUAAGUCCCAGCUAAGCUACGAGGAGCUAGAGGAAGAAGAACAGGAGGACCAAUUUGAUUUGACAGUAGGUAUUACUGAUCCAGAGAAAAUAGGGGAUGGCAUGAAUGCCUAUGUAGCCUACAAAGUUACAACCCAGACUAGCUUACCAAUGUUCAGAAGUAAACAGUUCGCAGUGAAAAGAAGAUUUAGUGACUUUCUGGGUCUUUAUGAGAAGCUUUCAGAGAAACAUUCUCAGAAUGGCUUUAUUGUCCCUCCUCCACCUGAAAAGAGCCUAAUAGGAAUGACAAAAGUAAAAGUUGGGAAGGAGGAUUCUUCUUCUGCAGAAUUUCUUGAAAAACGGAGGGCUGCUCUAGAAAGGUACCUCCAGAGGGUUGUGAAUCAUCCUACCAUGUUACAGGACCCUGAUGUCAGAGAGUUUUUGGAAAAAGAAGAGCUGCCACGUGCUGUGGGUACCCAGACACUAAGUGGUGCUGGUCUUCUUAAGAUGUUCAACAAAGCUACAGAUGCUGUCAGCAAAAUGACCAUCAAGAUGAAUGAAUCAGACAUUUGGUUUGAGGAGAAGCUCCAGGAGGUAGAGUGUGAGGAGCAGCGCUUACGGAAACUGCAUGCUGUGGUAGAAACUCUAGUCAACCAUAGGAAAGAUCAGAGAGGCCUCUGCUGUCUUUUCCUUGUUCCAGAGCUAGCAGUGAACACAGCCCAGUUUGCAAAGAGUCUAGCCAUGCUUGGGAGCUCUGAGGACAACACAGCAUUGUCACGUGCACUCUCCCAGCUGGCCGAGGUGGAAGAAAAGAUUGAGCAGCUCCACCAGGAACAGGCCAACAGUGACUUCUUCCUUCUUGCUGAGCUCCUGAAUGACUACAUUCGCCUCUUGGCCAUAGUCCGAGCUGCCUUUGACCAACGCAUGAAGACAUGGCAGCGUUGGCAGGAUGCUCAAGCCACAUUGCAGAAGAAGCGGGAAGCCGAAGCUCGGCUGCUGUGGGCCAACAAGCCUGACAAGCUGCAGCAGGCCAAGGAUGAGAUUACAGAGUGGGAGUCUCGAGUAACCCAGUAUGAAAGGGACUUUGAAAGGAUUUCAACAGUAGUCCGAAAAGAAGUGAUACGGUUUGAGAAAGAGAAAUCCAAGGACUUCAAAAACCACGUGAUCAAGUACCUUGAAACACUCCUGUGUUCACAGCAGCAGCUGGCGAAGUACUGGGAAGCCUUCCUUCCUGAGGCAAAAGCCAUCUCCUAAUGGACCAAGGAUACAGGAGCCUACCUGUGUGACGCUGCCUUUUUUUACACUGUCCUUCUUCCCCUCGAUGGACCCCAGUGAUGUAUCCUGCCUAGACUGGACAGCCCCUUCCUCCUUGCCCCCAUGACCAAGCUGUUCCCAGUUGCUCUAACCAGUAUUUCAUUUAGCUUCCACAUAUAUUUUCUUACCUAAGAGAAUAGUUUCCUGCUUUAAGCAAUGACCUACAAUAGGUGGUGGAAUUAUGGGAUGGGGUGGAGAAUUGAUAUAAAUAUAUAAAUACAAAUGUAUAUUUUUCAGGAUGUGGUUUAGGAACUGGGAAUAACGUUUUCUGUUACUCCUGAUGGUGCCAUGAAAAGAUUAUAUAAUAAAAUAUUUUAAAAUCAGGUCACAUGACUCAGAAUGGUGGUACUUUUUGCUUUAGACUGAGGAAGAGUUGCGAAGCAAGUCUGGAACACUCCUAACCGGGAGGUUGCCCAGGUGUAGUAAGUUUCGCUUUACACUAUCUCACAAAUUUUCGGUCUGCUUUCCUAUGGAAUUAGGGUUUCUU